AUGGACGAUGACUUCCAAAAGCGAUUCUUGGGGCGCAGGCGGCGCUGGUUAGAGAACCUGAUUGAAGAAUUAACAGUCGUUACGUCUUUCGAGCAAUCACCCGAAGCAACAGUCCUUGCGCAGUUGCACAUCCGGACCAACAGGCAACUUGCCGCAACUGCUUUCUGCUUGGAAGAGCUUGUGUUUUAUCGAUUGGCAAAAGAAUGGACCACUCGUCAGAGCCUUACGAUGAUGCUUGAGCAAGUUCAUUUGGCUCGUUUUUUGGACCCGCAGAUUAAUGUACGGUUCAGUCGAGCGUUGAAUUAUACGGUCAUGGAUACCAUACAGCAUCAAGAGGUGGACAAUGGCCUGGAAAUUGCCUACCAUGCCGUGCUCUAUGCAGAGGGAAUUCGCAAUGCAAUGGCAUCGAACAAUUUUAAUAUUUUCGCCUCGCAAAUCGGAGAAUUCCUGAUACGCAUCGAAAACAUUGAUAUCAACGCGCUUCAUGCAUAUGAAGCAUUGAUGUCUGUGUUCGACUUUACGGCUACAUAUUUGCUAAGCAUGAUCAACCCCGGAAAUGCAGUGGCCAUCCCGUGGUCAUGGGCAGCACUGCAUCUUCCAGCGAUAAUGCAUGCUCGAAAUGCGAAGUCUGGAGGGGUGCCAGAUCAAGCAUUCUUUGUUUACGGAAGCUGUCUCCUGCACUUCACCGCUGGAUUCUGCAGGAUUGUUGGCAAUCUGGAACGAGCGAUGAGUCAGUACGGCGUCUCUUUCGGCCGUACGCGUCCGGCUGCCUUUAUUAGAAAACGGAGUUAUGACUUCCUUGCUACCGUUAUCCUGAACCUUGGUAACUGGCCGCUUCCGCUGAGGGGAUUAUCUGAAGUCAUAAAACAAGUUCAAGCUACUUUACCAUCCGCUUCUGCUUCAGGAGCUAGCUUCCUCAAACAACUGCAAGAAGAUCUCUUGGGCUCUUUUCGCUUGUACAAUGGAAAGGACAAGAUUUGUGUCAUCACGCUUGACGACAAGGCAACUCAGCCCUUCUACCUGAGCAGCUUCGUUCAGAAGGGAGCUUGUGUGACUAAGCUGAGCGACAUACUCCAGAAGUUCCAGGCAAUUGCUAAAGCAGCAGCUGCGUCCGAUGAAAAGUGCCAGAAUAUGAACAAAUCCGAAGACAACGAGCACAUGGGUUUCAACCCUGAUACUGUGGUGUAUCUCCAAAGACGUUGGAGGAUUAUACUAACCAGGAUUCACGACCAGCGUCGUAUUCGCGAAACACUCCACGGUCAGACUCUGAUCUCGAUACAGAAAAUAUGCACUACAGUUUUGGAUGGAGAACGGGGAACUCGUACCUUUUCUGAUAUCUUGAAGAUACACACCAGAGCUUUCUUAUUUACGCAGGGUAUCAACAUCCUCAUAGAGAUUGACAAAGCCACUAGGACCAUUAGGGCCAUCCGAGACAGCUGGAAAGAGGCUAUUGAGCGUCCCCUCACAAUGUCUGAGAUCGAGGUGUUGGAAAGAAUCACAUCUCAGAUUGGCGGCAUUGAAUCUAAACUAAGUCUUCUAACAGAUAUGUGGUCCCUCCACGGUCUCAAGAAGUAUAUCCUGUGCAUAUCACCCGAGGAGUGGAAGGUCAAGGGUCGUGAAGCUGUGCACACUCUCAAAUUUAUCAAGUACGAAGUCGAUGCGGUGAAGACUAGGCUUGCAUCUACCUCGGAUUCGGGAGCUUGGCAUGAAUUUUGA